CAGGAAAGCUCUGCUCUAUACUCUGUCCUGUCUGCCCCGAGAAGGUUGCAACUGCCUCUGCCCUCUGGGUCGCCCAGUUAUGGCCGGAGCCCUGCCAUGGAUGUGAAGCCUGGGUACCACAGCUGCUCCGGGAGCCUCCCCAGCGCCAGUAGGAUGAGUGGAUACUGGUGCCCCUUGUUGGCACUGAGAGCCGUGCCCGCCUUCUGUUUCCUCCUCCUAUUCCUGCGUUGCCCAUCGAGGAGCCACCAGAGUGUCACUGGCAACCAAACCCUGACUCUGGCCGUGGUCCUUCCCGAGAGCAACAUUCGCUAUGCCUGGUCGUGGCCCCGCGUGGCCCCUGCUUUGCGUAUGGCGAUGGACAGGGCACAGGGGGAACUUCAGCUUUUGCCCGGGUACCAAGUGAAAUGGGUUUUUCUGACGUCGGAGCUGAACGGGGCCUGCUCGGAAUAUGUGGCUCCACUCAACGCCGUGGAUCUGAAACUCUACCACAAUCCCGAUGUUCUCUUUGGUCCAGGCUGUGUUUACCCUUCUGCCUCCGUUGCCCGUUUUGCCACCCACUGGCGCCUCCCCCUUAUAACUGCCGGCGCCCUGGCCUUUGGGUUCAAGCAAGAUGAUGAUCACUACAACACCACCGUACGGACGGGGCCGACGGCCAUUAAACUUGGGGAGUUUGUGUCCCACCUUCAUGAGCACUUCAACUGGAGCUCUCGGGCUGCUCUGGUCUAUCACGAUGUCAAGAUGGAUGAUCGGCCGCACUAUUUCAUCAUCGAGGGGGUCUUCCUGGCCCUCAAUAAGGAGUUCAACAACCUGACGGUCAGCUACCAGAUGUACCCCGAGGAUGAGGACAUCGGCAGCGUCAUACAGUUCAUCCAGAACAGUGGCCGAGUGAUUUACAUCUGUGGCCCCUUAGAGAUGCUGCACCUCAUCAUGCUCCAGGCGCAGCGGGAGAAACUCACCGACGGUGACUACGUCUUCUUCUACGUCGAUGUGUUUGGGGAGAGUCUGCGGGCAGAUGGGGCCAGGGAGGCCAACAAGCCCUGGCAGGGCAACCACAGUCAGGAACUGAAGGAGGCAUUCAAGACCGUACUUGUGAUUUCAUACCAUCAACCAGAAAAUGCCGAAUACUUUGAAUUCCAGAAGAAGCUGAUCCAGAAAUCCAAGGAGGAGUUUGGGGUGGAGCUGAACUUCUCUCUGAUGAAUUUCAUUGCCGGAUGUUUCCAUGACGGGGUGCUGCUGUACGCACAGGCGCUCAAUGAGACCCUCAGGGAGGGGGGGAGCCAGAAGGACGGACUGAGUAUUGUUAAAAAGAUCCAGGACCGACAGAUGGAAGGCAUCACCGGCACGGUCAGUAUGGACAAAAACAAUGACCGAAACACCGACUUUGAUCUUUGGGCAAUGACUGAUCACAAUGAAGGAAGCUUUGAGGUUGUAGGGCACUACAAUGGCAUCAACAAGCAGAUUAACUGGACCGGGAAGCCCAUUCUUUGGCUAAAGGGGUCUCCUCCAUCCGACAGCCCCCCCUGUGUUUUUAACGCUGAUGACCCUUCUUGUCUGAAAACGACGGUCUCCACGUUGGCCAUUGUGGCCCUGGGCGCGGGGCUCACCUUGCUGAUCUUCGGCAUGUCCAGCUUCCUCAUCCUCAGGAAGCUGAUGCUGGAGAAGGAGCUGGCCAGUAUGCUAUGGAGGAUCCGGUGGGAGGAGCUUCAGUUUGGGAAUUCCGAGCGCUACCACAAGACUGCGGGGAGCCGACUGACUCUGUCACUAAGAGGUUCCAGUUAUGGGUCUCUAAUGACGGCUCAUGGGAAAUAUCAAAUCUUUGCCAACACAGGACACUUCAAGGGUAACGUUGUGGCCAUUAAACAUGUGAAUAAGAAGCGCAUUGAGCUGACCCGGCAGGUGCUGUUUGAGCUCAAACAUAUGAGGGAUGUUCAGUUCAAUCACCUGACCCGCUUUCUGGGGGCUUGUAUAGACCCCCCCAACAUCUGCAUUGUUACAGAGUAUUGCCCCCGGGGCAGUCUGCAGGAUAUUCUGGAGAAUGAAAGUAUAAACUUGGACUGGAUGUUCCGGAACUCGCUCAUUAAUGAUAUUGUGAAGGGGAUGUGCUUCCUGCACCGCAGUAUCAUUGGUUCCCAUGGGAACCUCAAGUCGUCGAACUGCGUGGUUGACAGUCGCUUUGUGCUGAAGAUCACAGAUUACGGUCUCGCCAGUUUCCGAUCCUCGUGUGAGGCCGACGAUGCCUACGCUCUAUAUGCCAAGAAGUUAUGGACGGCUCCGGAGCUUUUGCGGAUGACGAGACCCCCGGCACCGGGCACCCAAAAAGGCGAUGUGUACAGCUUUGGGAUUAUCCUACAGGAGAUUGCGCUGAGAAACGGCUGCUUUUAUAUCCAGGGGAUGGACCUCAGCCCAAAAGAGAUAGUACAAAAGGUGCGGAAUGGCCAGCGCCCCUAUUUCCGCCCCACAGUAGACAUCAGUUGUCACAGUGAAGAACUGGGCAUCUUGAUGGACAGAUGUUGGGCCGAGGAACCUUUGGACAGACCAGAUUUCAACCAGAUCAAGGCCUACAUCUGCAAGUUCAAUAAGGAAGGCAGCACCAGUAUCCUAGAUAAUCUGCUUUCCCGUAUGGAGCAGUAUGCCAACAACCUGGAGAAACUGGUGGAGGAACGAACACAGGCCUAUCUAGAGGAAAAGCGCAAGGCCGAGAACCUGUUGUACCAGAUCCUUCCGCAUUCCGUUGCUGAGCAGUUGAAGCGUGGCGAGACAGUCCAGGCCGAAGCGUUUGACAGCGUUACCAUCUACUUUAGUGACAUUGUGGGGUUCACUUCAAUGUCGGCAGAGAGCACCCCAAUGCAGGUGGUGACGCUGCUGAAUGACCUGUACACCUGCUUCGACGCCAUCAUAGACAACUUCGAUGUGUACAAGGUAGAGACCAUAGGAGACGCUUACAUGGUGGUGUCAGGCUUACCGGUCCGUAACGGGAAACUUCACACCAGGGAAAUCGCCAGAAUGUCGUUGGCACUGCUGGAAGCCGUCAGAACAUUCAAAAUCCGGCAUCGACCAAAUACCCAACUGAGGCUCCGGAUAGGGAUCCAUACAGGUCCGGUAUGUGCUGGUGUCGUUGGUUUGAAGAUGCCCCGGUACUGUCUGUUUGGGGAUACAGUGAAUACAGCAUCGCGCAUGGAGUCCAAUGGGGAAGCGCUCAGAAUCCACAUCUCAUCUGCAACCAAGGAGGUUCUGGAUGAGUUUAGCUGCUUUCAGCUGGAGCUCCGGGGAGACAUUGAGAUGAAGGGGAAGGGGAAGAUGAGGACGUAUUGGCUCCAUGGAGAACACAGAGAAGACGACGUUAUCUGAAUGACUUUGCUCCCAGCUCUGUAUCACUGCACUUUGAGCUGCUCCUGAUCCUGUGGGGCCGACCCAGAUCUCUCCGGGCACUCCCAGAACCCAUACGGAUGCCUCGCUGGUUGGAGCAGUGGGUACCGGGUACCUCUUCCAUUUUCCUUUUCUCAGAUGCCCACCUCUGGGUAGGAGCCGCUCCAUGCAAUGCCAGCAGCACGGCCAGGCGCCACUCACCCCACGACUCGCAGAACCACCAACCAUAGCGUUCCGGGGGGCAGUAAUGGACCCAGGAUAAUUCCCCAGGUACUGAAGCCAUUGGGCUAGCAAUAAGUGCCAGUACGGACCUGCUUGCACACUCACUGGCCCCCUCUACAGGAACCGCCAGGGACUCACCCCUCUAACGGAAAUACCAUUAACGCUUGGCUGGGGGGGAGCCCCUCUAACUGCCUCCCAGUGUUCCCCCAAAGCUGCACCCAAAGCUCCCAUUCCACUCAGGGUGCCAGGAGGGUGAGACGCCCCCAUGUUCCCUCUGGGCUCCAUCGGCAGUGUAAGGAAAUGGGGGGCCCCUGCGCUUAAACAGGACUUGUACCUGAGUCCCAAAGGUUUGUGCAGCUGGGAAGCGGGGGGCGCCCAGUUCUGCUACAUGGGGACCCGUUUGGGCUUAAGCGGUUCCCCCCAAUCUUUUUGUUCCUCCAACAAAAUAUUCAGGCACUUUGGACUGCAAAAUACGGUUUGUUCCUGACAGGGAAUCCGUUCUCUGAAAUAAAUGUCUCUUAGUAA